AUGGUCUACCUCAAACCCACCGCAGUUGCCCUAUUUCUCGCCCUGGCCACCUCUACCCUUGCCGACGACAAGCUCCCAAACGACCUCGUAGGCUGCAACGAAGUCUCAUGCACCAAGCACAACGCACAUGACCGCUGCAUCGUCGGCGACCACAGCUUUCUAGGCAUCGGAUUAGCCCGAAUCCCAGAUGUCCCCUCUUCCCUCGAGGGCCUAUCCCUCAUCAAAGGCGUCAACGUAACAACAGGUCUAAACGGUAAAGACAACGUCAAGCAAACCCGCCCCUUCAGAUCAGUCUAUUACCUCGGCGCCCCCUCAAAACUUAAAACCAAAGACCUAGCCGGCUGCGCCGUCAUCUUCAACGACCCGCCAUCCAAACGGUUUGACGGCCCCGAAGUCCACGGCCGAGACCCCAGCGGCGAAGACCGCAACAGUACCGACACCCGCGCGGCGCACGGGACCUGCCCAGAUGUCAUUGAGCAGAAAUGCAUCGACAAGCUCACGGAGCGCGCGAGCAACGGGGUCUAUAAUGGUAAGGGUGACGCCUGUGCAGCACUAGAGCGCGAGUUGAAGAAGAGGUCUUUCGACGAGUGUCAUGAUUUAGGGGGGAAUGGGCGCGGGUUGGGAAAUUUCACGGUGACCUCUUUUGGGAAUUUAACGGCGGUCUCGAAUUCCUCGUCGCCGUGCUGGCCUAUUUUGCCUAAGUCGGAUAAUUUGGCGGAGAUUACUGUUCAGACUGCCUUUGGGAACUAUUCGGCCAAUGCCCUCACUCAACAAGCUUAUAAGGUCACGCCCGUAUUGACUGUGUUCUAUUCCGAUGGCAAUAGAAGCUUGGUGGAUCGGGCCUCUUCUCAGAUGACUUGUCUCAAGAUCGUCACUGACGAAAAUCCGAAUGAUGCUCCGGAUGGAUCUGACAGUUCGGCACCAGGGCUCAAGGGCAGCUGGUUUGUUGCUGGUAUGGCUGUGCUUAUGACGGUCAUUCUUGCGGGGUUGUAG